UCCCAGCCUUGGCAACAUGGCCCCAGCCUGUAGCUCCAUAACGCCAGCUCCCCCGCGAUGCAACCCGCCCCCGUGGGAAGAUCAUCAGCAUGUGGUCCAUGAUUCUGGUUUCUGGUAACGCUCUUCUCUGGUGCGCGCAUUCACCAAGCGCCUAUGACCUCCAAGCCAGGAACAAGACCGUCUAGCACCGGGCGGGUGGUGGGGUGUCUGGGCGCUCAGAGCACCAAGGUGGACACAAUUUCUCGAGGAGAGAACCGGGGGCGACUGGAGCAUGACAGUGGCUGUCCCGUAGCCUUCUGCAGCCUCGACAGACCCUCCUGGGGCCUGUCCUUUCUGCCGGCGAGUGCAGCCACCGAGCGGCGAGCGACGCCUUGUGGGGACGUUGAGAGCCCCGGACCCGCGGGAGCGAAGAGUCGGGCGGAGGCUGCUGCGACUCAGGGCCCGGGAGGGGCGCCUGCGCACAGGGGCCGAGCACAAGUGGAAGGGGUGGGGUACUGGAUGGAGGACUUCUUACAGGAGGCCCCCAGCCGUGACGACCACCAAUGUCCUGAAACAUCGCCUGUGUCCUGUCGGAUCAGAACUGGGGCCCCGGUGAGACCCUCUGUCCCGCACUUGGGAACAGCAGGAAGACUCCGGGUUGAGGAAACCCGCCCUGAAAGGCCUUUCGGCCCUUGUAGGCGCCCUCCGGGCCAGGGGCGGCCACGUCUGCAGGAGGUGGCCCCCGGCACUCCUGUCCAGCCACAGAGCGGGUACCCUGGGUGUUCAGGUGGGCCACACAGUCCCGAGCCUGGGGCUGCCCAGCAGACAGUAACCGCAGGGGCCCAGAAGCCACACUGCAAAGAGGAAGGGAAAUGGGUGACAUAAUAAUAAAAUUAAA